AGGGGUCGGGCUUCAGCACGGUCGCCAGCCUGAACUUCAACCGCGUAACCACCGCGUAUCAGACUUGCCCACGGAACCCACCUAGCGUUAGCAGAGCUCUUAGGCUGGUUGCAUACUGAAGGACCGUUGAUGAGGAAACCGGGGUCUGCCUUUGCAAUCCAGCCGCAAAACAGCCUCGCAUCAAACGACAGCCGAGACUCUGCCCGUCCGAACAAACCGAAUAAACGAUCAGCCGACAGCACGCCGCGCAAGUCGCGGGCAGAGCUGAGACAGAGCUUCUACGACCUGAUCCAAUCCACGACGAUCACGUACUCCUCGCCGUCUCCCCCGAAACGCUCAGACAGUCAGCUCCUGCCCGGCCUAGAACGAGACACCAUGGCUCGAUUACGGAAGGAGUCGUUCAGCGAUGACGAUCUCGAGAUCCUGAGCUCCCAAGCAGCCAACAUGUCACUCGGUCCUCCCGAGGUGCAAACGCCCUCGAGGCCGAGAGGUAGACCAGAGCCCGAGGUCAUCGACCUCUCCAACAGCCCAAUUCCAGUCAUCCGAGCCCCCGCAGCGGCAACGCCGACGCCUAGUUUUGGCCACCCAACAAAGCUGGUCCCGCGGUUCGGCCAGCGCAAAGACGACCCCAACAAUGUGUUCAUCCAGCGGAAGACUCGGCCUGAGUUUCACAGCGACAUGUAUAGGAGUUCGGGUCCCUUGAAGCCCAAGACCGAGUCCAAGAAAGCGCCGGCAUUGCAGAUGUUCAGCUCCAUGAGCGAGGAAGCCCAGCCCGCGUACCAAUACAGCCGGCCGGCGGGAUCGGCAUUUGGGAAUACGGUGUUUUACACAGAUCCUGCCAAGGCUUCAGAAGAUCUGAAAGCCUUGCUUGAGGGGAGUCUAGAGGACGAGGACGAGGAUGAGGAUGAAGAGGGCAGCGGGGUGGACAAAAAGGAGGGCGACAAACCAAAAGAGGAGACUAUCGAGGAUGGAUCUCUGGAAGGUAUCAAAGUCAAGCUUCUCCCACAUCAAGUAGAAGGAGUGAAGUGGAUGCGCGGACGCGAACUCGGGACCGCCAAGAAGGGGAAAGCGACGAAGGGAGGUAUCCUAGCAGAUGAUAUGGGUCUUGGAAAGACCCUACAGAGCAUCUCGCUGAUCGUCAGCAACCCGAUGCCCGGUCCGGAGGACGAGGAGUGGCAAAAGCAGUUUGGACACGUCAAGAAGGCGACACUUGUCGUUGCGCCUCUUGCCCUCAUCCGCCAAUGGGAAGCCGAGAUCAAGGAGAAGGUGGCUCAGGGCCACGAGCUCAAGGUCUGCGUACACCACGGCCCCAAUCGGACGAAGGACUCAAAGGUUCUCGCCAAGUACGACGUGGUCAUCACCACGUAUCAGAUUCUGGUAUCCGAGCACGGGAACAGCAACCCGGACCGGACAAGGAACCCCCAAGUGGGCUGCUUCGGUAUCUCGUGGUACCGCGUGAUCCUGGACGAGGCACACAGCAUCAAGAACCGCAACGCCAAGGCCACCAAGGCGUGCUGCGCUCUCCGCUCCGUAUACCGCUGGUGUCUCACGGGGACUCCCAUGCAGAACAACCUCGACGAGCUCCAGUCGCUGGUCCACUUCCUCCGGAUCCCGCCGUACGACGACCUCGCCGAGUGGCGCACCAAGAUCGACGGCCCCAUGAAGAGCGGCAAGGGCCACAUCGCCAUCCAACGACUGCACACGCUCCUACGCUGCUUCAUGAAGCGGCGGACCAAGGACAUCCUCAAGGAAGAAGGCGCUCUCGUGGCAGGCGGCAAGAAGGCGCUCGACGCGGCCGCGGAACAGGCCAAGAAGGAGGGCCACUCAGCAAAAGACUCGGCAGCCGCAGCGCCGACGCCUGCGUUCAAGGUCACGCAGCGUAAGGUGGUCACGGUCGAGACGCGCUUCUCGCCCGCCGAGCGCGAGUUCUACGACGCGCUCGAGGAGCGCGCCGACAAGAGCCUUGAGAAGAUGAUGAAGGGCCGGAACGUCAACUACGCCAACGCGCUCGUCCUGCUACUGCGACUGCGCCAGGCGUGCAACCACCCGCGACUGUCCGAGACGAGGCUGGAAAAGGACAGCGAUGCCUUGGGUACGGUUACCGCGGCGCAGCCUUCUGCUGCCAAGGCGAGCGCCGCGGUAUAUGAUGUCGAUGACCUCGCGGACGCCUUUGGUGGCAUGGGUUUGCAGGCGAGGCAGUGCGAGAUGUGUCUGAAUGAUCUGAGCAAGAAGGAGGUCGCCGAUGGGCUUAUGCGGUGCACGGAGUGUGUCGAGAGCUUAAGGAAGGUGAAGAGUGAGAGUCCUCGGCGGAAGAAGCCGGAGAAGAAGGAGAAGCGGGUUAGUGUUGUGGAGGAGGAGAUCAAGAUUGAGAAGAUGACCAAGCGGAAACCCAAGGGCCGCAAAAUCAUCACAGACAGCGACGACGAGGAGGAAGACAUGGAGGGGAGCUGGUUGGUGCCGGAGGAUGAACGCGGUUCCCUCCGUCUCGGCAAGGCCGGGGGCGAGGAAGACGAGAACGCGGAAGGUGGCGGCGAGGACAUCGCGUCCGAGGAUUCAGACCGGUCUUCCGACAACGACGACGAGGAGGGGAGCCAGCUCGACAGCUUCAUCGUCAAGGAUGAAGACGUGCCGGAAGACGAACUGGCUGCAGCAGACGGCUCCGACACAGAUUCGGACGACGAGACGUUUGUGUCGGUGUCUAAACUCCGCUCGCAAGUGGUCUCCGAGCCAGGGGCCGACGACAGCGAGAUAGAGGCCUCGGAAGAGAGCAAAGAUGAAGCGAUCUCCGAAUCCGAGCUUCACUCUGGCUCAGAGGGCGACGACUUGCCUAUCCAACGUGGUCAUCACAGGAGGAGCACCAAAACCCGUCCUUCCGCUUCCAAGGCCAGACACCGCCGAACCAGCACCGACGACGACGACGACGAUAACAUCGGGAUCACGGCCUCGGCCAAGAUCCGCGAGCUGCUCUCCAUCCUCCGCAAAGAGACGGCCGAGCACAAGUUCAUCGUCUUCUCGCAAUUCACCUCGAUGCUGGACCUGAUCGAGCCGUUCCUGCGCGGGCAGCCGGGCCUGAAAGCGGUGCGGUACGACGGCAAGAUGGCCAACGACGCGCGCGAGGCGGCGCUGCACGCGCUGCGCACCGACCCCCACACGCGCAUCCUGCUGUGCUCGCUCAAGUGCGGCUCGCUGGGGCUGAACCUGACGGCGGCCACGCGCGUCGUCAUCGUCGAGCCCUUCUGGAACCCGUUCGUCGAGGAGCAGGCCAUCGACCGCGUGCACCGCCUGACCCAGACCGUCGACGUCGUGGUGUACAAGCUCACCGUGGCCGACACGGUCGAGGCGCGCAUUCUGGCGCUGCAGGAGAAGAAGCGCAAGCUUGCCGAGGCGACCAUCGAGGGCGGUAUGCGCAGGAAGGGCAAAGGCCAGCUCAAGCUGGGCCUGCAGGAGAUUCUGGAGCUGUUCAAGCACGAUUCCAGGCGCUCGUUUGGCGAUGAUCCGUAUGGUGGCCUGGAUGAGAAGGUUGUGGUCCAGGACGAGAGGGCCAUGAUUGGGCAUAAGAAGAAUAAGCAGGGGCGGAAGGAGCAUGAGGUGUAUGGGCGGCGGUGGUGACGUGUUGCGGGCGUGUUUGGGAUAGACGGGACGGCGUGGACGGGAAUGGAUAGGAAUAGGAAUAGGAAUAGGAUACGAUAUAACGGGGUCCCAGGACAGGAAGGGGAUAGGAUGGGAGUUACUAGUACUUGGUUUGCCGGAAGCAGGAGGAUAUGGGUAGGCUUUGGGUCAAUGGAUUUCCUGCGUCAGAGUUUUAAGGGAUUACCGAAAUGUUUUGUUGUCUGUGUAGAUGUCUGGGCUAUAGGGCGGAGAGUAUCUUGCGGUAUGCUCACCGUGAUGCGAUUCCUGUGGAUUGGGGGUCUAUCGUUGAGUGCUACUUGUAUGUGCGAGCGGCUGUCACCCAGCCUUGACGUGACUAGCAUACAAUAUCAGGAUUGUUAAGCCUG